AUGAUCCAUGGUUAUAAACUUGAACCGGAUGAUCUUGAUAUCAAUAAAGUACCAGUAAAACGUACUUACACAGCAGCAGAAAGGAUAUCAAAGAAAAUUAACAUCGAGAAAGAGCAUUUAAUUCCAGAUGAUGCUAAAUUUUGGGAUCAAUUUUCGGAAUACGUUGAUCAAGUUGACGAACAAGGAGUAUAUACAUUAUUAGAAAUACUAAUAAACGUCGCUGAGAAGCGUGCUUUUAAAUAUAAUGGACAAUUUGCUGCAAAUAAUAUGGCUGCAAAAUUCUUAUACAUUUGGUCACCAGAAACACCUAUUGGAGCAUUAGUUAUGAAGUCAAUAUUCUUAUUAAUUACUUAUUCCGAUACAUAUCUCAACGAAUUUAUCAAAUGUGGAAUAAUUGAGUUUUUAGCACAACACAUGUUUAUUACUCCCACUCCAGACGAAUCAGUAAGAAAUAUGAUUGCAAUAUGUUACGAAAUUUCCAGAUCUUCUCUUGAAAAUCGAAACAAAAUUUUAGAAUUCCUAAAUAUACCAGCCCUUUUUGAUUAUUGCGUGAACCAUGAAUCAGAUUCGAACAAAAUAAAGCUAAUGUUCAAUCUUCUGAUUUCUAUUUUGAAAUAUCCAGAAAUAACAGAUGUUUUAUACGAAAAUUGUUUAGAAAUCUACAGAAUUAGUCGAGAAAUAUACUUACCUAAUCCAAAAUUUGAGAAAUAUCAUUGGGAAUUCACAAAAUAUCUCUCUUUUUUCCCUGAUUUCGUUGAAGAGAUAAAUAACACGGAUCCACAGCUAGAAAACCUCUUGAACACAGUCAAUAAUGCAUCACAGAUGCAUUUGACAAUAGUCUGCAUCAUUAUUUCCAAUUUAUUAUCAAAUGGAUUUUCUCCAAAUGAAAAUAUCAUAAUUUUCAUCCAAAAUGUCUUUAAAUUAUCAGAUUUCAUAUAUAUAAUACAUCCAACAUGCUUGAUUGUACAAAGUUUGCUUGAAACUAACAGUUUACCACAAAAUUCAAUAAAUUUAAAACAAUUGAUAGAUAUUGUCAAUAGCGGACCAAACAAUUCAAAAACAAUUGCAUUUUCAACUGUUUGCGCACUUAUUCACCAGUUUAAAGAUGUUUUUGACGCAAUUGAUUUCGGAAUUCUUGAAUCUAUUGUAGAGAUCUUAGAAUUUGGCCAAGAUGCAAAUUCUGUAACAGAAGCUGUCCAACUACUUGACUACAUCAUCACAGAACACCAGAAUUAUACACACAAAACAACUGUUUUUGAUAAAUUUGUUGAAAUUGGCGGAAUUGAUUUGCUUCUUGAUGUAAAAGAUGAUUUUGACGAAGGAACUGCAUUUCUUAUUGAUUCUUUCCUAGCAACUCAUGCUCCUGAAGAACAGGAAUAA